AUGUUGGGCGCUUCCCGGCACGCUUUGCUUUCUGAACAGUUGACUAACACAGUUAUCAGGCAGACGGAGAUCCCGGUUGGUGUCAUCCUUAUUCCCCCUCCCCGAGGAUGCUCCUGCCAGCCCCGAGGAGUCUCCGGGACAGGGAGUCGCUGGGAUCGUCCUCGGUCGGAGUCGGGCUGGAGCCGGCGCUGGGUGACCGCGUCUGCGGUUGUUGACCAGCUGGGUCUGCUGCACCAUAUGGAAGUUCUGAAGCUGAUCUCAGCUGUCGAAUACAUUGCACCCACGUCCAAUGAAAACGUCGCUGCGAUGGACGCAGAGUUCAGCAACGUUGCCAUCCGUCUGUACCUGCCCAGAAAACCAUCUGACAGGCUGAGAAGGGCGGUGGUCUUCCAUGGUGGAGGAUGGGGCUGAGGACAGGCGGGCCGAAAACCCUAUGAUCAUCUGACAAGAUGGACUUCAAACAGGUUAAAUGCUGUCGUGGUAUCAGUCAAUUACAGGUUGGCACCUAAAUACCGUUUUCCCAUUUGGUUUGAAGAUGUGUAUUCGGUAACAAAAUUCUUCCUCCAGAGAAGCAUCCUCUCCCAGUAUGGGGUGGACCCAGUUUGGGUCUGCGUUGCAGGAGACAGUGCAGGUGGCAACUUAGCCACAGCUGUGGUACAACAG